GCUAAUCAAGCUGAGAUGAGUCUUCGCAUAUAGGUUACAUUCUACACUAUCGGUGUAAAGCAGGUCAGAUUUGUGCCUUGCGUUUUGUGUGUGUUUGAAAAGGAGCCGAUGGGUAAAACACAAUCAUACGCAUAUACAUUUUAAGUUAACCUGGACAUAUCAAGUCGAAUGAAGAAACGUGCGGAAAGUUGUAUUUAUCCGUUGUCCAUUAAUCGCUGCUGCAGUUAGCGUCGAGUUGUGAUUCGUCCUCGUCGCCAAACCGCCAUGUUCAACAACAAAUCAAACAACAACAACGCUUCAAAGCAAGUUCAAGGACUAUGUUACCAUGGAUACCCGGUUUACCCUCCCCAGCCACACGGCGGGUUUCCGUUACACGUUGGAAACCCGCAAUAUGGAGUGUUUGCACCUAAUUACGGCGGGAAUUAUCCAGCUCCGAUAAUAAACCAGCCGACAGUGCAGUCGACCAAUGUUAAUAUCGGUGGUACGUCUAACUAUAGGGACAGGUCCACCCAACUGUGCUGUUGUAUGGAGGAUGUGUGCGGCUGUUUUUGCGCGUUGUGCUCCUGCCCUUGCUUCGUGAGGCAGCGUUUUUUUCUGAAUCGAGGAUAAUACAAACGUUUAGAAGGAAGUACAGAAGAAAUAUGACUGAUUUCCCAAUGGAGCCCAAGUUAUAUUUACUAGAUAUAAUAACAAUAGCAAACGAUACAUUAAUAACAAGCUAUGUUAAAAAUGCAUUUGUUUUUACAUUAAAUUUUGAAAAAGUUAAAACUAAAAAUCAUUCUUCAAAUAAAAGGAGAAUAGUUUGUUUGUGGCCGUACAGGUGACCGCAAUAGAAUAAACCGCGGCAAGGAGUUUGGAAACAGUUCUUGACGAUCACGAAUGUCUUAUAUUGGCCAUAGCUUAAAGGCGAAUAAAUGAAGAGAUGUACA